GCUUGAUCAUACCUGGUCAGGAAAUACUUAACAAUGGUGUCCUAGCAACCAACUAGAGGGGCUUUUCCUUUUCCAUAGUGAUAGAACAUAGAAUUGGAACGGGUAGAACAUAGAAUGUGCCAUAGAAUGGAGGUAGAAAUUCUAUCUCUAUGGUUUCUUACCCACAAAACUAGCAAAGAACCAGAACAGACAGUUGGGGGGGUUCCACAUUCAUUUCCAUUCAACACAGUUCAUUCGAUAGAAUUUAGAAUCAGUGCUGUAAUGUAGUUCUAAUUUGAUACUUAUUCUAAUCCUAUCCACUGGGAGGCACCAACGGCGUGUCUUUCCAGCAGCGAAGUGCAUGCGUCAUCACAUACUGCCUCUUGGCGCGUUCAAUGCCACGUUCACAAAAACUAGGAACUCGGAAAAACAGGCUCUGACAAGGAAAAACUUGUGACGGUGACGUCAGUGAUGUCCAGGUUGGAGAAGUCGUAGCUCUAGGAUGAUGCUUGAGUUUCCGACUUGUAAUUCUGAGUUGUAUGACCAUUAAAAAAUAUUUUCCGCAGUCGGAGCUUCUUUUUUCCGACUUCACAUUUGUCUAAAACGCACUGAAGUCGGAGGUUGGAGAUUUCUGAGUUCCGUGUUGUCUUGAACACAUGGUCUGUCUUGUGUUUACUGCGUGUCACCAGCCGUGGCAAAAAUAACGUAAAUGGUAGCUAGAUCACUAGCUAGCUGUUCAUCUAGCUACACACAAAAGGAUUGCUUUUUUUAUUCAGUUCAAUUGUUGUAUUAUUUCGCGUCAUUUUGUAGCUAGCGAAGUGAGCAGCAAAUCAAAUCCUCAUUCCUCGAUAGCUAGCCAGCCUGCUAACGUUUCCCAUUUGUGCUAGCUUGCUAACUAACUAGCUACAGACAGAACCAAUGCCAAUGUAACUGUCAUCGAUGCAUUAAACAUCUAGCGUUGUGUGACACAUUCAGUCUCUCUCUUCCAGCUCUCUCUCCCCUUCUCAGUCUCAGCACCAUGAGCCUGGUCCGCGUCGUGUGUCGUCACAAGACUGCCCUGGCCAUCGGAGGAGUGUGCCUCUUUGCUGUUGUCCUCCUUUUCCUCGCCAAGUGUACCUCAGAGACCCUAAAACAGGGCCAGGCCGACCCUCCAGGCCUAGCCCCCCACGCUGCCCACUCCCAGCCCCGCGCAGAGCACCCUGAGCUCCCCUCACGCCCCAAAGACCUCUCGGCCUUCCUGGUGGUCCUCAUCACCACAGGACCCAAGUACACCGAGCGCAGGAGCAUCAUCCGUAGUACCUGGCUUGCUAAGAAGGAUCCGGAGGUUCUAGCUAUGUUCGUGGUGGGAACCGAGGGUCUGCCCGCCGAGGACAUGCAGAACAUCAACACGGAGCAGGGCCGGCACAAAGACCUGCUCUUACUCCCGGCGCUGCGAGACUCGUAUGAGAACCUGACCCUGAAGCUGCUGCAUAUGUACUCCUGGCUGGAUCACAACGUAGACUUCAAGUUUGUGUUAAAAGCGGACGAUGACACUUUCGCUCGUCUGGACCUAUUGAAGGAGGAGCUGAAGACUAAAGAACCCAGCCGGCUGUACUGGGGCUUCUUCUCAGGCCGCGGUCGCGUGAAGACGGCAGGGAAGUGGAGGGAGUCGGCCUGGGAGCUGUGUGACUACUACCUACCCUACGCCCUGGGUGGAGGCUACCUGCUCUCCUGCGACCUCGUACACUACAUCCGAAUCAACACGGCCUACCUCAAGGUGUGGCAGAGUGAGGACGUGUCACUGGGGGCGUGGCUGGCCCCUGUGGACGUCAAACGAACACACGACCCUCGGUUUGACACGGAGUACAAGUCUCGGGGGUGUAGUAAUAAGUACCUGGUGACCCACAAGCAGAGCCUGGAGGACAUGUUGGAGAAACAGCAGACGCUGCAGAGAGAUGGGAGGCUGUGUAAGGAAGAGGUUAAACUCAGACUGAGCUAUGUGUACGACUGGAGCGUCCCGCCCUCACAGUGCUGCCAGAGGAAGGACGGAAUACCCUGACCUAUAACCCCUAACCUUCCUCACUUUGUCCACCCAUGUAAUUCUCAUCAGUGUUUCCCCUACUACGGUUACCCAGGCGGUGUGGCGCUCCCCUUCAGCCUUACUCCGUUCUGUGGUGCCUCCCGCUCCACCUUCCCUGUAAAACAUUGUGCUGCCUUCAGUUGACCUCCAUAGAAGAUGUCUGUUAUGGCAGCCCGCCUAUGAUAAGACCUGAGGAAAACACUGAGCCCCCUUCCGUUUUUAUAUGUUUAUUUAUUUAUUUAUUCUGGAGCCCUCACUGACUGAACUAAAGCACACCGGUACAGGACUGGGAGAGUGGACCUGACUGGAGCCCUCACUGACUGAACUAAAGCACACCGGUACAGGACUGGGACCUGACUUGGUGCAGCCACACAACAUGAUACCUUAAUUUAUUAAUAACAGCACAUGUAUGUUGGGAGAGAGUGUACUUAAAGGAACCGGUUUUCGGCUUACUGGUAGGACAAUGAAGACACUCAAAUCAUUCCCGAAUCUGUUUAAAAUGUCCUGGAGUAUCUCUAAGUGAAAGUGGCCCUAUUUAUGAAUGUGAUGAAAGGGAUUCUCUUGAUAUGAAAAUGGUGUGUAUUGCUUCAGAACAAUGGUACAGAAUGACUCAGUCAAGGCUUGGUGUUUGGAGAUGCUUUGAGACUGAAUGUCUAAUAAUGUAGGCCUCUCCCCUGCUUACUGAGACUUCUGUUCAGUUGGGAGAUUUACCCUACCUGCUGUCUGUGUUUGGUUGACGUAUUUACAAAGCCCAGUGAUGGUCAACAGAGCUGUGUGUGUUCAGCUGAGCUACUCUACAGGCAAUUGUCCAGCUGGCAUUCGGUUACUUUUAAACAAACAAAAAAAGACUGCUUCUGUUAACGUCGUUGAAAGAAACCAACCGUUGUUUUAUUGUGUGACACUUUGACCAUGUCCUCUCCUCAUCACCAGUGUUGUUUAAAACCUACUGUCAAACUACUUCAAUAUGAAUGUUUAAAAUAUUUGGACCUAUUAAAAUGUUUUGAAACAUG